CAGAGUUCGGCGUAGCGGUGUUAUGAAGCGAGUCCAAUCGAAACACAUAUUUCUUGUGGCCAAGAAUGUCCUGGAGAUUUGCUUGACAGUCCAGUGAAGGCUUUCUGGAUUCCAAAUUUGGUCAUUUUCCACCAGUGUAACCAAAACAUUGCGAUGAGGUAUCUUUAAACAACACUGAAUCAACGCAGCCUCUGCCAAGAACCACAUUAAAAACACUCGUGGGACCUCUGCUUAUUUAUCGUAAGAGAAGCAGGAACCCGAGUGCCCUUUUCUUCUACUCACAAUGGCUAAAGGAAGCGCCUUCAUGAGAAGACUAUGCAUCGUUCUUAAUAUUCUGCUCGGGUUCUUAGGGGUGGUCUUGCUACUGGUCGGGAUAGUGGCAAGCACUUUUAAGAUCGAACCACUGACAAGUGGUUAUUACUGGCAAUAUGGGACUCAGAGUGUGCUCUUCAGCAUCGGAUUUGGAUUGGCUACCAUCCUGCUCUCCAUCCUAGGAGUGUAUGGAGCAUACCAGGAACAUGUCUUAGCUCUCCUUUUGUACAGCAUUUUCAUGUCUAUUGAAUUCAUCGCUCUCUUGGCCCUGACAAUCAUAGCCAUCCUUGCACAACCACAGGUGGAGAAGAAAAUUGAAGAUAGUUUUGGAAACAUGACUUCGCUUUAUAAUACGGAUGAAGUCUUCCAUCGCGAGCUCAACAAACUACAACAGGAGGCUGAAUGCUGUGGUCUGUUAUAUUACACAGACUGGAAAGAUCAGAUACCUCCUUCAUGUGACUGUCCUCAAAACUACUCAGACAAAGAAGCCAGAUGUGUAAAAGUCAAUGUCAAUGUGCAAAAUUAUCGGAGCAGUGAGUUGAACAAAAAAGCAGAAUCUGACUUGAUGACGGCUCAGACUCCAAUGCGUUACGUUCAUAAGAUGCAUUGCGGUCCGAUCUUAAUGAGACAUUUGAAGAAUGCCUUGAGGAUCAUGCUUGGAAUAGUCUUUACUUUAGCAACUGUUAUGCUGGCUGCUGUGAUUGUGGCCCUGCUCCUGUGGAAUAAAAUCAACAUGCGCUCGUCAGUCGCAGGCAUCUCAAACGACGACGACAGAACGAAGUAUGAACUUCAGCCACACAAAAUGGCCUGAAUAACCUCAACAAGACGUCUUUCCUCAGCGUCUGUGUUUUCAGUAAUGUAUCACGUUAUCACGUAUUAUCCGCAGGUUCAUUCAAACCUCAUGUUCUAUUCGCUAGCAACAGAUGCCUCAUGCUGUAUCUACUGGUUUUUUUUUUUUUUUCUCUCUUUUAUGUCUUUACAAGCUGGAAAUCCUCAUAACAGCAGGUGCAAAUCAGCCAGGAAGGAAAAUAAGGUGAUGUCUAGAAUAUGUGUGAUACAUUUAAAUUGAUUUUGAAGGUUAAUCAGAAAUAUUGAGCAAAUAAUUUAGAAUUGUUCCAAAUUUUCAACAUGUCACCUUAUACAGAAGAAUAGAACAUAAAGUUAAAGGGGAAGUGGAUAAGGACGUGUUUGUCUUUAGUCAUACUGGGAGACAAUGUUUUAAUAUUUAAGGUAAUUAGUGUUAUUUCUGUAAUUAGUGGCACAUGAGUUUCUUUACCAGAAGAAUGAAUGAACUUGGGAAUGGUAAACCGCCUUAAUGGGAAUUAUAGAAAGAUUAUUAUUUUUAAAAAUAAUAAAAAGUUUAUUGAUCAAUAUUUUAAAACAGUAUAACUCCCUUUCCUGAGACAGGUUAAAUAUAUGUUUACAUUGAAAUCUUUCCCCUGUCUCUGUGAUUCUGGUCCUUAUCCAUCAUUGGGUAUUUACGUGUUGAUGUUAUUUCUGGUGCAAAUCACAAACAUAAUCCCUAAGAGACAGAAUCACUUAACACUACUAUAAACAAAAGAGCUAAAGUUUCUCGGUCUUAUUAAACAUUUUUGAGCAAAAAUCUAACCAGCUUGGCUUAGCUAAUGUACGUAGCAAAAGGCAUGUUAAACUUGAUGGCUUUGAUGGAGGAUGGCAGCAUAGCAUGAAAAUUGUAGCCUUGUUACCUGAACCGUUUGAGGCGAAUGACACAGUUGAGGAGACAAACUGAAGGAUUAAAGCGCUGCUGCACUGGCCUCACUAUGAGUAAAAUGUCAAAUGGUAUUGUGGGUAAUCUAGACAACUGUUAACCAACAUUAGAAAGACAGUUUUAGAAUUAAAUACUAAAAUAAAUCAGAUCAGGAAUAAAUUCAUAGAGUCCUCAGUCUGAUUAUUAAUAGAGUCUGAUUUCUAGAACAACAUCCACAUAAUUGAAUUCAUUCAUUACAGAAUAUAACCUUUUUAGACAACACAAAUAAAAUACAGCUCAUUUAAAAACAUACAAAUGUCAUGUAUUUAGACAACAGGGGAAAAUCUUUUUCUGGAAAAAACAAAUUAGUUAAAAUGAUUAUAUCAGCAAAACUAUAAAAUAAAUCCUAUGAUUUAUUAGUAAAUCUUAACUUCAUUGGCUUAAAGUUUUGCAAAAUAUUCUAUUGAUAUUCUCUAAAAUAUAAUUUGUCUAUUUUCUGUUAGUAUUAGUAAUUAAAGUAAAUAAGUAAGAAAGUAAUUGUUUAAGGAAAAUCCAUUAUUUAAAGAAAGCAUAUUAUUUAUUUAUUUAUUCUACAAUACAGAUUCAGUUACGUGAAAUGUUUUAAACAGUCUGAAAAAGAAAUUCUAAUAUAAUGCUUAUGUUUCAAGUCUUCGUCCUUCACAACGGUUCAAAAUGUUUGUUCAUAAAUCAUGGAAAAUCUGCUCAUUAUCUAGCAAAUAACAUGUACCAAGGACCAUUUUGGAUACUUUGGCCAAAUAUGGAAACAGAUCAGCUGGAAGGAAUGUUGUCUGUGGGAUCAGCUGGACAGGAAAGUAAAGUGUGACGUUAUUAGGUUUAAACGUUUACUUUAAAGAGGACAGGCUGUAGAGUAGAAAUCGGCUUUGUGAUUACUGUUACGAAGUGUUUUUCAAUUAGAUGCUACUUUCUACUGUUUAGGAUAUAUGAGAGCUACUAUUCAGAAAAAUAUAUAAAACAGCUGCUGUCGCUCUUCUGUUUUAAUUACUGACCUUCGAGGGAGAACAUUACUGAUGUUAACUUUUACAUAUACAGUAUAUAUGAAUACUUUGAGAUACUUUUGAGAGAGAUGAGCUAAAGGUUGUGCUUUUUGUCUGCUGAUGUAUUCUGUUCAGCUGCAGUGUAAAGGAUCUGCACCAAAGGGCACAAUAUUGUACAAUUUGUAUGUACUGUACUGUAUCUAGCACCUUUUUUUUUUUUAAAUAGAGCAUAUUAUAUUAAGUUGCUUGCAGUAUAUGAAAAGUAAACCCAUGUGAGCUGUGGUAGUGGUUCAUUAAUCAACCUACUCAUAGAGAGGUCUGUUGUAUUCAUUUGCUUAUCAUAGGAGAUGAAAUUAUCCAGACAUCCAAAGAACAGUAGAGUGACUGCUAUCCAUCCCUCCAGGAGAUUUUUUUUUUGUGAUUGUUGCAGCCAAAAUUGCUUGAAUUUGCAGCAGCUUUUUAAAAAAAGAGUUUUUUUGUGCUUUUUGAAUUGCUUUUGUUCAAUACAAAAGUAUUCAAAAGUAUACUUUUAUGACUUUUAUACUUUUAUUAAACUACUUGAAUUGGUGAAAUCACAAAUACAGGUUUCUUCUUUUAAACUCCCAGUGAGAUACAUCUGUAAUGACUUUCUGUGAGAGCUGUGCUCAUGUCCACACACGUGAAUGGGAGAGGGAUUUGGAUGAACGUGUGUUGUAACGUCACACAACGCCUCUUGGUUCAAAUCUGCAGAAAAUCUGCAUCAUUUUGAAAAAUCACAAAAUCCUCAAAAUAUCCUGAAGUUUGCUUGAUUUUGUGUUAAUUUCACAAAAUCACACAGUCCUGGAGGGACUGUUUAUCACCCCAAUGUUUUUUUUUUUACUUUAUUUCCACAGGUAUUUGCCAAAAACUGGUGGUCAUGGUUAAUAUUCUUGUUAUAUGUUAUAUUAUAUCAUGACUUGAAAAAAUAAAGGUAUUAAUGAAUAUGGA